CCACGAUUGCUGGUCAGCAAGGAGGGAUAGGGGCUACGCCCCCCAACAAGGGGACCCAGAGCUGGACGAGAUGAAGGAAAAUUUGAGGUAGAUCAGGAGAUAACGACUGGAGAUGGAGGAGAAACGGCGAAAAGAGGAAGAACAUAAGGCGAAAGAGGAAGAGGAGGUGAGGAGAAAUCAGGAUUUUGCCAGGAAAGCGGAAGAGUUCAAACUGCAACUUCGCACCGAACUCAUGGAGGAAUGGAGGAGGACGACAGCUGAAGCAACUAUGGCAAUGGAGAAGACCAGGAAACCCAGGAAGAUCAAGGUUCCGAUACGCGUUGUGAAGAGCAAGCGGAAAGGCAAACAGCAGAAGAGGAGGAGAAAGAAGGGAAGGGAGACUUCAGACGAAGACACAGAGGAAGAAAGCGACACGAACGAAGAGUCUACAGACUCCACCACUUCGGAAUCGGAUUCGGAACCACGGCAAGCGAGGAGAAAGGCAAGGACAGGACGGCAGAAGAAACGCCCCACAAGUAGACGAGCAAGUACGAAGGGCAAAGGAGGAUUGGGGAUACCCCACCCAGAGUUCAUGAACUUGGCGAGUGCUCGAGGCAACGGAAGUCGGGACAGACGGAGGGGAGCAUGCAGGAGGGACCUGAAGGUUACUACUGUGGAAUUCGCAAGCGGCCAGGAAUGGAUGGAAGGGUGGAGGAGACUGAGACGGAGAUUUGGGGACUCGACGAUGGAGAUUGGAGAGGAGAAUACACUACUCCGGCAUGCAAAACUGAAGCUACAACAGGGAGGCGAGGUAGUGCUGAAGAAGAUCGUGAAGGCAAAGACGACGACAGAACGAAACAAGACCAUGCUGACAGCAAUGCUGAAAAGACCAAGACCGGACACGCAGAUGAUCACGCUCCCGACUAAGAAGCUGAUCGGAUUGUACAGAACUGUUGGACUCUUCUCGAAGAAACAAACAAAACAUCGCCUGCGUACCAAGUUGGAUAGGAUUAUCGCACAGAAGACUGGAGUUAGUGUGAGGAAGCGGGUGAACAUAAAGAUGCUGUUUGAUUCUCGCAUACGUAAAGCCGGAGUCGGGGAAACGGCCGAGGACUUUGUCGCGAACCUGGUGAAGGAUAAACCGCUGGCCGAUUUUGUGAAGACACGUAUUCGAGUGUUGUGGCUCCGCAACAAGAAUGUAGGGGAGCUGAUACACAACCAAAAGAAGUACGCCAGCGUGAAAGAGCAUCCCUGCCCUUGCGAGGGCAGGUUACUUCCGAAAACUGAGGGCCGCAUCCUUUCCAGAUUUUCAGAUAUGGAGGUUCCGGAUUUUGUCCGAAAUGCGAAGAAUGUGACCAGACCGGCGAAAGCAGGGGAGACGCAGACCAUCGCUAAGGCUAUUUUCGAAGCUACAAGGCAUCUUAAAUGCAGGAAACUACCGGAGGUCAAACCUGGCGUGGUGUUCACCGGGAGACUGAUCGGAGCAGUAGCUUGGACUGACGAAGACGUAAGGAAGUGGGCGAAACAAUUCGAUGGCCUCGUACUAUCGCCCAUUGACAGGAACCAGGGUGACACUGCGGUCAUGUGCCCGGUACUCUAUAGGCAUGGCUUUGAGAGGUUGGAGGCGACGACACAGCGUUUCAGAGCAGCAGGAUGUGAAACAGCAGUCGGACGCUGCUACGACAUCAAAGAAAUGUUCUCCAGAAUACCACACGGAGCCGUGGAGCAAGCCGUACAUCAGCUACUGAAGAUCUAUGAGGACAAAGGUUGCAAGCAGAUCAGAGUUUCCUUACAAGGAAAACAGGGUGUCAUCAGCGAUAAUAAGAGAAAGAUGGAUGGAUACGUAAGCUUGACUCUGAAAUUGGUGAUGGCAGGCAUCAGAUACGACCUUCGACAUUCGGUGGUGAGAUGCGGGGACAAGCUGGUGAAACAGAUAUUUGGGAUACCGAUGGGGAAGUCGACUAGUCCUAUCCUAGCUUCGAUCACCUGCGCGAUGGCGGAACUCCGCUUCAUUCAAGAACUCAGCGCUGAUAAGAGACUGAUCGGAGGAUGGCGGGUGAUAGACGAUAUCACCAUCAUGGCUGGGAUACCGAAGGAUACUAAGAAUGAGGAUUAUCCUGAUAACCUCUUCGACGGAUUUGAGGAGGUCUAUGACCGGAACCUGGAUAUCAUCCGCAAGGAUGAAUGUGGUCUGACAUGGCAGUUUGUGGGGGAACAGAUGAUGAUCUGCAGUGAACCAUUGCAGAUUCACUAUGUCACUAGCACAAAGAACACUGAUUCUUUGCACAUGAUGGGGAAGUUGACCUUCCAAACUAUGCAGGACUUUGGCUCGUAUACUGCCAAGAGCGUGAAGAGAGUGGUCCUAACUACCAUUCUGAAAAGACUCUGGCAUCAUACUACGAACAAGGAACUCGUCAUCGGUGAGAUUGGAUACGCCAUAUGUGAGGCCAACCUCCAGGGAUACCCCCCGGAGGUCUCUCUCGGAGCCCUGGCCCAAUUGGCCAAGGCUGUGCCAAACCUAGCACUGCAUUGUCUACUGGCAGCAUUUACAAGCACGGCAGGAUGGGCAAAGCAACGGAGGAGUGGUAAGACGGAGAUCGCAAGCCGGGUGGGUAGUAGCUUUAGGGAGUAGAGACCCUUUUCUAGGACACACAGCGAGCCCGGAUCUGGCACGAUUCCAGGGAAAUG